AUGAGGUUUAUAGCCCCGCAUCCUAUGAAGCAACCCUUGGAGCAGAGGGACAAAAGCAAGCAUUGCGCCUAUCAUCGAGAUUAUGGGCAUUCAACCAAUGAUUGCAGAUCCCUUAGGCGAAAAGUGGAAAAUAUGAUAGCUAGAGGUGAGUUGGCGGAUUAUCUCACGACAAAGGAGUAUGUGAAGCCCCGCGAGGUCUAUCCUUGGAAGGUAGAAGGUAAUCAAGUAAAGGUCAUUCAUGCAAUACAUGGUAGAUCUGAAGAUGAUCAAAAGUCUGAGGAGGUAUACAAAUCCAAAUUGAGGGCAGCCCAUAAGCUCAGGAAGUUAUCCUCGGUCAAUGCUAUCGCUUCGGCCAGCAUCGGUAUUGGAUUCGGUGAUGGCGACCUAUUCAACUCCCCCAUGAGGAUCCAUUGGUCAUCAGUCUCUUAG